CGGGCGCGUGCGCAGAUCACGUGGGUAGCGGACCUGCGACGGAGUCCGGGGCGGCGGCUGCGCGGACUGGCGGCGGGACGGGCUUCGGAGACCGCGCCGCUUGCUGCAGGUUGCCAUGGCUGCCGUUGACAGCUUCUACCUCUUGUACAGGGAAAUUGCCAGGUCUUGCAACUGCUAUAUGGAAGCACUGGCCUUGGUGGGAGCCUGGUACACAGCCAGAAAGAGCAUCACGGUCAUCUGUGACUUCUACAGCCUGGUCAGGCUGCACUUCAUCCCUCGCCUGGGGAGCAGGCCCGACCUCAUCAAGCAGUAUGGAAGAUGGGCCGUCGUCAGUGGGGCCACAGAUGGCAUUGGGAAGGCCUAUGCUGAGGAGUUAGCGAGCCGUGGACUCAACAUCAUCCUGAUCAGCCAUGAAGAAGAGAAGCUGCAGGCCGUGGCCAAGCACAUAGCUGACACCUACAGGGUGGAGACAGUUGUCAUGGUAGCAGACUUCAGCAGAGGCCGGGAGGUUUAUGCUCCGAUCCGAGAAGCCCUGAGAGACAGAGACAUUGGCAUCCUGGUGAAUGACAUGGGUGCAUUCUACCCCUACCCCCAGUAUUUCACCCAGAUUCCCGAGGACACGCUCUGGGACAUUGUGAAUGUGAACAUUGCGGCCGCAAGCUUGAUGGUCCACAUAGUGCUUCCGGGAAUGGUGGAGAGAAAGAAGGGCGCCAUCGUCACAGUGUCUUCUGGCGCCUGCUGCAAGCCCACGCCACAGCUGGCUGCCAUUUCUGCAUCCAAGGCCUAUCUGGACCACUUCAGCCGAGCCCUGCAGUACGAGUAUGCCUCUAAAGGGAUCUUCGUGCAGAGUCUGAUCCCCUUCUACGUGACCACCGGUGUGACGGCACCCGGCAGCUUCCUGCACAGAUGCCCGUGGCUGGCACCUUCGCCGAGAGUGUAUGCACAGCAUGCGGUGUCGACCCUGGGCAUUUCGAAAAGGACCACAGGCUACUGGUCCCACUCCAUUCAGUUUCUUUUCACACAGUAUAUGCCUGAGUGGCUCUGGGUGUGGGGAGCAAACCUUCUCAACCGCUCCCUGAGGAAAGAGGCCUUAUCCUGCCAAGCCUGAAUCUGGAAGCUCGGGAGAAGCUGGGCCAAGCCACAGGAACCUGCAGUAUUCCGGCAUUUGGAAAACACAUUUAGCUCACCUGCAUAUCGUCUCUUACUGAGUACCUAGUGUGUUGCCAUCUUUCACGAGGCCGACUUUCAGUCUGUGAGAAAACCUCAGGGACCACACGGGUGGCCCAGGGCACAUAGCCACAAAGCCUGAGAACAGAAGGGAAGACUUUCCUAGCAGUUAGACUGGCAGCUCCUGUAAGGGAAAUCACUCUGGGCGUGGUGGCUCAUGCCUUCAAUCCCAGCACUGGAGAGGUGGAGACAGAUGGAUCUCUGAGUUUGUCUGGGCUAUGUAGUGAGUUUCAGGCUAGCCAGGGAUACAUAGUUUAAACCUAUCUCAAAAAAUAAUAGCGUUCAUCAGGAAGACAACAGAGAAGUGUUAUUUUCUAACUGUGAACUGUGAGUGCAGAUGGGUGUCACACCACAUGGCUCCUUGUCGGGGCAUCUGUGUGUGCACACUGCCUUUCCCUACGCUUCCCCCAGAACAUGUGUGUGCUGUGUGCUAUGUGUGUCUGAGCAAUGUUAUUGAUAUGACUUUAGUAGAGACUUUGUCAGGAUGAGGUAACGGGGAGCCUUAGCAUAUUAAAGGUCUGGGUUACUCCUUUUCACUUGGUAAAAGCCUGCCCAACCCCGUCGUGGGCUUACCAUGUCUGACGCUGCUUCCUUUGAGUGGUUUUUGUCUUUCCAACUCCGUGGGCGGGUUUCAUUCCUAGAUUGGGAUACAGUAUCUUUUGAUUUCUAAGGUAAUUGUUGUGGCUAAGUAGUGAUAUCUCAGUGCGUCCAUGUUGUAACUGACCCCUUCAGAGCUGCUUAUGGCUGGUUUUCGUACACUUUCUUAUGUCGUCCAAUUUCUUCCCAGGAGCAUUGUUGAUAAAAUCAUCAAGUGUUUGUGGAAUAGUGGUGAAAAUAUGAGCAACUUUUGUGUGUGGUGUGAGGUAUUAUGGGAAUGAUGUUAGAAGCUCGUUUUUUGGCCUGUGUAAUGAAUAUGUACAUUGUAGGGGAUGCUUCUAUUGGUGAGAAGAUAAUUUACACAAACCCCCACGAUAUGGGUGAGUGUUGAAACUUACUGUGUUUAAUUCGGUCUUGUAAAACCAAACACGUGUACGGGUUUCAUAGCCAGCACUUGGGGAUCCGUAAGCCAUGGCGUCGUGUGCCGAGUGGAGGAAUGCGGCACUUAACAUUGUGGUACUGAUGCUGUGCCCGGGAAAUGAAAAUGGGUGGAAUGCUGGGACUUGUGUGGAAUUAUUUGAGGUGACAUUCCAGCCCUCGUAGGCGCAAGUGCACCUUUAUGUUGAACAGCUGUGACUGGGAUCUGGAAAAUCAGUGGUCAGAUUCUGAAGUUCUUCCUGUCCUCAAUUAUGUCUUCAGAACAUGUGCAGAACUCUGCUUGGAGAUGGUGGCAGAAGAGCAUUGGUGGGUACUGCGGUCAUACUGACGGGAACUUUGGGGAAUGCGUGAUAAGCAGCAGCAGCAGCUCCACUUGAAACGUCAUCAAGCAUGAUCCCCUGGGGGUAGGGGUGCGGAGGCGGGAGACUCCGGAGUUCAAGGCUAUCAUGGGCCACAAAGUGAAACUCUGGUUCAGGAAACAAAAUCCAUAGCAGGGACACACUGUCAGUUCUGUGUAAGGUCCUGUGGUCCAGUAUUCAGACUUGUCAGGCAAUGGGCAGAGUCCUUGCUAUGUGAUAAGAGAGGUCCACAUUGUCAGUGAUGGUCCUUCAACAGGACGCAGCCAGAACUUGAUUGGUGCAGACUCAGGCACAGUGGUGAUCCGUGGCUCCAGGAGAAGACCCAAACCAGGCAUCCUUAGGCUUCCUAGCUUUUAUACUCAGCCCCUCUGCCGAGAGUUAUUCCUCUCACUGUGGACAUGUUUUGUUGUUGUUGUUUUUUGUUUUUGUUUUUUUUUUAAACCAAGGAAGGAAGAGCUCUGAACUUGAACCUUUGUAACUUACCCUGUGAAUUAAAAUGUAACAAUAAAAGCAUCACUGUUUCCUUCA